AUGUCAGUUGCUAAGGAUACCAACAUUCCGUUUUCAAGGGAUUCUUUGGAACAAUUGUUGAAAAGACGCUUUUUCUAUGCCCCAUCAUUCGAGAUCUAUGGUGGUGUUGCCGGAUUAUUUGACUUUGGUCCACCAGGAUGUGCGUUCCAAAACAACGUGAUUGACGCAUGGAGAAAGCAUUUCAUCUUGGAAGAGGAGAUGUUGGAAGUCGAAGCCACCAUGUUGACUCCCUAUGACGUUUUCAAGACUUCUGGACACGUUGACAGAUUCUCGGAUUGGAUGUGCAAGGACUUGAAAACGGGUGAAAUUUUCAGAGCUGACCAUUUGGUUGAAGAAGUGUUGGAGUCGAGAUUGAAAGGGGACAAGUUGGCUAGAGGUGAAACCAUUCAAGAAGCUAAGGAGGACGAGGACAAGAAAAAGAGGAAAACGAAGGUCAAGGACAUUAAGAAUGUCAAGUUGGACGAUGAAGUAGUUGCCGAGUACGAAAGCGUCUUGGCUCAGAUUGAUGGGUACUCUGGUCCUCAAUUGGGCGAGUUAAUCACAAAGUACAACAUCACCAACCCGGGAACUGGAGGCAAAUUGGAACCACCAAUUGAAUUCAACUUGAUGUUUGAUACCGCGAUUGGGCCAUCGGGAAACUUGAAGGCCUACUUGAGACCAGAGACUGCUCAGGGCCAAUUUCUCAACUUUAGCAAAUUGUUGGAUUUCAACAAUGAAAAAAUGCCAUUUGCGUCCGCCUCGAUUGGCAAGUCGUUCCGUAAUGAAAUUGCACCAAGAGCUGGUCUUUUACGUGUUCGUGAAUUUUUGAUGGCUGAAAUUGAACAUUUUGUCGACCCAGAAGACAAGUCGCACCCAAAAUUUGCCGAGGUGAAAGAUGUCAAAUUGAGAUUCUUGCCCAAAGGUGUUCAAGAAUCCGGAUCUAGUGAGUUGGUUGAAACGACCAUUGGCGAAGCUGUUAGCAGCGGAAUGGUGGAUAACGAGACUUUGGGAUAUUUCAUCGCUAGAAUCUACGCAUUCUUGGUCAAAAUCGGUACUGACCCAAGUCGAUUGAGGUUCAGACAACACAUGUCCAACGAGAUGGCGCAUUAUGCUUCGGAUUGUUGGGAUGCCGAGUUGCAAACCUCGUAUGGGUGGAUCGAGUGUGUUGGAUGCGCCGAUCGUUCAGCUUACGACUUGACUGUCCACGCUGCAAGAACCGGUGAAAAACUAGUUGCUAGAAAGACGUUGGACGAACCACGUACAGUUGAAGAAUACGAAAUAGAAAUCCAAAAGAAGAAAUUUGGACCCAAGUUUAGAAAAGAUGCUGGUGCUGUUGAAAACUGGCUCACGUCGAGGACACAAUGUGAGUUGGAGGAUUUGAGUAAAGAAUUGCAGGAAAAAGCCAAGAUUGAAGCCGAAAUCAAGGGUAUUGACGGAACCGUGCAGUUGGACUCUGAUCUUUUAAAGAUUGAAAAAGUCAAGAAAACCGAACACGUUAGAGAAUACACCCCCAACGUGAUUGAACCCUCGUUUGGUAUUGGACGUAUCCUUUACUCCAUUUUCGAGCACCAGUUUUGGGCCAGGAGAGACGAAGCCGAGAGGGGGGUGUUGUCUCUUCCGCCGCUUGUUGCUCCAACCAAAGUCUUGAUUGUGCCCUUGUCAAAUAGUGCCGAACUCCAACCUUUAGUUAAAAAAGUGUCUUCUGCAUUGAAGAAGGAGAAGAUCCCAUUCAAGAUUGACGACUCCUCGGCCUCCAUCGGUAAGAGGUAUGCUAGAAACGAUGAGUUGGGAACACCAUUUGGUAUCACCAUUGACUUUGAGUCGGUUCCGGACGACUCGGUCACGUUGAGGGAGAGAGACUCCACGAAGCAGGUGAGAGGUUCGAUCGAUGAUGUGAUUAAAGCUAUUAAGGAAAUCACAUACGAAGACACCACUUGGGCCAAGGGAACAGCAGGCCUCCAAGCUUUCAACUCUUGA